AUGAUGGACCGAAGCAGCAGACUCAAGAACGGCAGAAACGGUUUCGCACCUCCCGAAGAUGGUUCUGAGGGUGGGCCUUCUCGUGGUAGCUUUGGCAGGCCUCCUGCUACUGCAGUUGGUGCGGGGUGAGAGACUUCGGCAGGAGAGUCUUGUAGACAGUCCCCACGCCCCACAGGCAGCGGCGCACGUGCGGGCAGGAGACACCGUGCAUUACACAGGCGCCGUGCUGGAGUACGAGCCCUAUAUCACGUGGACUGAGGAAGGCGGAGAGGCCAUCCUGAUGGAAAAUGUGAAGGUCAUUGCCGAGUACGCUGCUGUAGCCAAGGAAAUGGGCGCAGACAUCCUGGUGGCCCCCGAGUACGGCCUCCAUGGACUGGACAUGCACGUGCUGGUUCCCGAUGAGCUUUUGAGCUUCACGCAGACCGUGCCUGACCCGCGUGACCUGGUCGUGCCUUGCACUGCGACCUCUGACCUCGGCCAGGCGACUGCUAUAAAGGCGCUGAGUUGCUCGGCUUUAGAGAACCAGAUGUACUUAGUGGUUGACGUAUCCGAAAAAACCCCUUGCGACAGCAGCACUUCCUGCCCUCCUUCAGGAAGCGUCUUGCACAACACGCAGGUGGUGUUCGAUCGCAAUGGGACUGUCAUUGCGAGACUUUGUUGGUUUGAAUCUAGACUGUCAGAGGUGCGAGUUGUGAUAAACUUUGCGAACACCUUCACUGCAAUAGGCUUAGCUGAUUCAAACCUGAUGUAUCCCACCACGAUUAGGUCCCAGCUGGGCUCAUCUUAUACCCCUACCUCUGGGAAAGGCUCGCUCGCGGGCAGCCGAGACCCAUCCAGAGUGCCCCUUGACUCCCCGCAGGUAUGCUUCGACAUCGCCUUCGGUCACCCCGGCCUCUUCAACGUGGACUCGAGAGGCGUGAGGGACGUGGCCAUGAGCACAGCCUGGGUGGACAUCAUGCCCUUCCUCAUCGCGCCCUCCGUGCAGAACGGCUGGAGCCGCGGGCUGGGCGUCAACCUGCUGGUGUCCGGCCACCACCGCCCCGAGCGCUCCAAGCUGGGCUCCGGGAUCUACCGCGGCGCGUCCGACCUCGAGCACGACUACGUGUACGACGUCGAGUCUGGCUCGCGGCUCAUCGUGUCGGAGGUGGAAACCGUGGCCUCCGUGGGCGGCAGACGGCCCCCCCGCCGCCCUUCUCGGUCCCACGGCGUCGCGCCCCCGGAGGCGAAGCGGGGAAGCCGCCUGCCGCGUCGGGAUCACCUAGUGUAUUACGACGACCUGAGCAACUACACGCAGGUGGUGCUGCAGAAGGGCGACUCGCAGGUGGUGCAGCAUGCAGAGGCGUGCCACGAUGACGGCCUGUGUUGCCACCUGGCCUACACUCCAGUGGGAAACCUCACCUACUCGCUCCUGGCCUACAGCGGCGUCGUCGUGCAGGGCUUUGGCACGUACCAGAUCUACGCCCAGAUCUGCACCGUGGUGUGGUGCCGCAGCGAGGAUGUGGCCACCUGCGGUCAGCUGGGGGACCUGCCGGGCGCCGAUGCCUUCCCCGCCUUCACCAUCUACGCGGACUUCGCCGUGGAUCACGUCUACCCGGCCAUGUUCACGCGCGACCUCGCCCUCGUGGAGAACGACCUCUACGACUACAGCUGCGACGACCAGCGCUCCUGCACCAUCUCGACGUCGGCUGCCGUGCCUGAGCUCAUGACGGCAGGCUUCUAUGGCAGGUGGUAUGAGCGCGACCCAUGAGGCCAGGUAGUGCGUGGGAAAUAGGGUCGGGCCUGUUUAUGUGAUGUGUGUUAUAUGUAAUACAUGCUGUUUUCACAAGUUUA